AAUAAUGAAUAGACACGAACUUGUGAGUUACAUCAAACGACGUCUAGUUAUAAAUUUAAUAUUUUAAAAAAAACAGUAUUGACUGGUUUGUUGAAAAAAAAAUUAAAAACAUCUUUUAAUAAAUUAAUAAUUUUUAUUAUCAAAAUGAUGUUUUUGGUAAAAUUUUUUGUGCUAAUAAUAUUUAUUGGAAUUGAAUUUAAAAAAUGUGAAAGUGCUAGAAUAUUAGGAAUUUUUCCUUUAAAUUCGAGGAGCCAUAUGAUGGUGUUUGAACAACUUAUGAAGGGUUUAGUUAAACGGGGUCAUCAAGUUGAUGUUGCCAGUACAUUUCCACUUAAAAAACCAUAUCCAAAUUAUACUGAUAUUGUAUUGUCAUCACCUCUGCCAGCACUGGUUAACAAUGUUGAUUAUGAAAGAGCUCAAGGUUUUGUUAAUAAUAAUUUGGUACAUUUUUUAGCAACACAAGCUGGAAAUUUACUCUGUGAAAAAGGAUUUGAAAAUCCUGAAUUACAAAAAAUCAUACAAAAUCCACCAAAAGAUCCACCGUAUGAUUUAGUAAUGACCCAGAUAUUUUCAGCAAAUUGUUUUUUGGCAUUUGGACAUCAUUUAAAAGUACCAACAAUUGGUUUAAGUCCAACUCCAAUGUACCCAUGGAUCAAUGACAUGAUUGCUAAUCCAGAAAACUUGGCAAUCGCACCAAAUGGACUAUUAAAUUACACUGAAAAAAUGACAUUUUUUCAACGUGUUCAUAAUGUCCUACAUACAGUUUAUAAAAAACAUUAUUUUAAUUAUUAUUCAUCUGAACAAACGGAAAUAAUUAGAAAACAUUUUGGUGAAGAUACACCAAGUGUUAGAGAAUUAGAAAAAAAUAUGGCACUUAUUAUUGCAAAUACUCAUCCAAUUUUAAAUGGCAUGAUACCAAAAGUACCAGGUCUCAUUGAUGCUGCUGGACUACAUAUUUAUGAUGAUCCACAACAAAAACUUCCAAUUGAUGAUAAAAAAUGGCUAGAUGAAAGUACUGAUGGAUUUAUAUACUUUACAUUUGGCUCGAUGAUUAAUAUUGAAACAUUUCCAAAACAUGUUAUUGAAACAUUAUACAAAUCAUUUAAAAAAUUAUCACCAAUUAGAGUAUUUAUUAAAAUUAAUAAACCCGACAAAUUACCACCUGGUUUACCAACAAAUGUACGUACAUUUUCAUGGAUUCCACAAAUAAAAGUACUCAAGCAUAAAAAUAUUCGUGCAUUUAUAACACACGGUGGAUUGAUGAGUACCCAAGAAGCAAUAACAUAUAAAGUACCAAUGAUUGGAAUGCCAGUAAUUGCUGAUCAAUUCCUCAACAUUGAUCAUUAUGUUAAAAAAAAUAUUGCCAUUAGAUUGGAUUAUGCUGAUAUUACCGAAGAGAAAUUUGAUUUUACGUUGAAUGAAAUUCUCAAUAAUCCAAUUUAUCGAGAUACUGUCAGUGAAGUUUCAAGAAAAUUUUUAGAUCGACCUUUAAGUGCAAUUGAUACAGCAUGUUACUGGGUUGAAUAUGUUAUCAGAAAUGGUGAUAAAACACUCAGAUCACCAGCUUACGAUUUGUACUGGUGGCAAGUUCAACUUCUUGACGUUUACAUGGUACUUUUUAUUAUUUCAAUAAUGAUUUUUAUUGUUAUCGCAGUAUUUAUACGUUUUAUAAUAAAACUAGCAAUUAAUUAUAAACAAAAAAAUUGUUUAUUAUCAAAUAAUAAUAUGGAAGGAUUUAGAAUAUUGAUGGUGAUAUUUGGGAGUUUAUUUGUGAUUCCAAUUGACAGUUAUAGAAUAUUGGCAAUAUUUCCAUUUCAAUCACGAAGUCAUCAAAUGAUGUUUGAUGGAAUAACCAAGGGAUUAGCUAAGGCUGGACAUCAAAUUGAUGUCAUGACAAUUUAUCCAUUAAAAAAUCCACCAGCUAAUUAUAGCAUUGUAGUUAAUCUUCAGGAUAAAGUUGAGAGUUUAGUUAAUAAAUGGGACGUGUCAUUUGCUACAAAUUUGGGUGAUGAUACUUUGCCAAUAAUUGCUGAACCAUUUGGCAAUGGUAUUUGUGAAUUUUUAGGUCUACCAGAAAUGCAAAAAAUUAUUAAAAAUCCACCAAAAAAUCCAGCCUAUGAUCUUGUUAUUGUUGAAUCAUUUGGAGCUAAUUGUUUUAUUGGCCUUGGAUAUGUAUUAAAAGUUCCUGUUAUCAUGGUUAGUUCGACAAUUGAUUUACCCUGGCUAGAUGACGCACUUGGACAGCCAACAAAUACAGCAUUUUUUCCAGCAAUGUUUACGGGAAAUGCUCCUCCAAUGUCAUUCAUUACACGUUUUUUAAAUACAAUUAAAAGUCAUAUUAAUAUUAUUCGUUAUCGAUAUAUUACUGAUACCGUACAAAAUUCACAAAUGAAAAAAUAUCUGGAUCCAAAUAUUCCAUCAUUGCAAGAGCUGGAAAAAGAUGUUGUAUUAGCACUUGUUAAUUCUUUUCACAGUUUAAGUGGUGUCAGACCAGUUGUACCAAAUAUCAUUGAAGUUGCAGGAUUACAUGUUGAAUCAAAUUAUAAUCCACUGUCAAAGGAAUUGGAACAGUGGUUGAAUGAAAGUACAUCAGGAGUAAUUUACUUUACUCUUGGUUCAAUGGUUAACAUUGAAACAUUUGAGGAGAAAACGAUGAGAGCAAUUUACUCGGUAUUUGAGAAAAUUGCUCCAGUACGAGUACUCAUGAAAGUGGCUAAUAAAGACAAGCUUUUACCUGGUCUUCCUGCUAAUAUUAAAACGUCAUCUUGGAUUCCUCAAGUUGCUGUUUUAGCACAUAAAAAUACAAGAGCAUUUAUAACUCAUGGUGGACUUAUGAGCUCUCAAGAAGCAUUAACGUAUGGUAUUCCUAUGAUUGGUAUUCCACUUUUUGGUGAUCAACAAGCAAAUAUUAUGUUUUAUUCACGACGCAAUAUGGCUUUAUCAUUAAACAUUAGAAAUUUAACUGAAACGGAAUUAUUUAAUGCAGUUAACGAAAUACUUAAUAAUCCGAAAUACAAAAAAGCUGCUGAAUUUCAAUCAGCUAGAUUUUUAGAUCGUCCAAUGUCUGCGCUAGACACAGCAAUUUAUUGGACAGAGUAUGCAAUAAGAAAUGGACCUAAUUCUUUGAGGUCACCAGCAGUCGAUAUGUAUUGGUGGCAAGUGGCUCUUCUUGAUGUCUACUUAUUUAUAUUAUUUUUAAUUGUAACAUCAAUUUACACAAUACUUCAAAUAAUUAAAAUUUUCAUGAAAUUAUUUUCGUUAAAAUCAGUUAAAUAUACUAAUGAUUAUUUCAAUACAACAAACGAAAAUAUUUUAAAAAUGUGGUCAAUCAAUAUAAUUGUAAUUUAUUUAAUUGCAACUGUGUAUAUUAAUACGAGUACAGCAUUAAAUAUACUUGGUGUAUUUCCAGUGGCAGGUAAAAGUCACUUGAUUGUCGGUGAAGAAAUAUUAAAAACACUGGCAUCAAAAGGACACAAGGUCGAUGUAAUUUCACAUUUUCCACAGAAAAAUAAUAUACCAAAUUAUACAGAUAUUAAUAUUUCUGGCACAGUUCCAUCAUCUGUCAAUAACAUGACAUUUCAACAGACUCAAUCUUCAACUGGAUUAAAAUAUGCUCUUCAUUUAAUAGGAGAAAAACUUUGUGAUUUAUUGGAACAUCCUGAGUUCCAAAAAGUAUUAAAAAAACCAAAAAAAUCAUAUGAUGUAAUUAUUGUUGAGUUGUUUUUUGCACAGUGCUAUUUGGCACUUGGUCAACACUUGGAUGCACCAGUUGUUGGACUAGUAGCAUCAAAAAUGCAUGACUGGUUGUAUACACCAUUUGGGAAUUCUUUUAAUCCAUCAUACAUUGCAAGUCUCAUGACUGGUCAUACUCAACAGAUGACUUUUACGGAAAGAUUUAUCAAUACGUAUUUUUAUUAUUCAUUAACGUGUCAAUUUAAUUACUACUUGGAGAAUCAAUCUCAUAAAGUUAAAAAAUAUUUUAAUCGAAGUUUGUCAUCAAUACAAGAACUCUACAGUGAUGUUUCGAUUGUACUUGUAAAUUCACAUUACAGUAUAAAUGAAAUUAAACCACAAACACCAGAUAUCAUUGACAUUGGAGGUCUUCAUGUAGAUUCAAAAUCAGAAUUAACACCGGAUUUAAAAAAAUGGCUUGAUGAGAGUGAGGAGGGCUGUGUUUACAUUUCAUUUGGAUCGAUGGUACAAAUUGAAACACUACCUGCUGAUAAAUUAGAGGCAUUUUAUGAAACAUUUAAAAAAAUAUCACCUGUACGUGUACUUAUGAAAAUAGCAAAACCCGAAAUGUUACCUUCUGAUCUUCCAAAAAAUGUUAAAAUUUCAUCUUGGUUACCACAAAUUGCUAUAUUAAAGCAUAAAAAUACCAAAGCAUUUGUUACACAUGGAGGUUUAAUGGGAACUCAAGAAUCGAUUGCUUGGGGUGUACCACUAGUUGGAAUUCCUUUAUUUGGUGAUCAACAUGCAAAUCUUCAAAGUUAUGCGAGCAAAAAAAUUGCUAUAGUUAUACAGGUUGAAUCAUUUAAUGCUGAAAUUUUAACAAAUUCAAUUCAGACUGUACUAAAUGAUCCUGAAUACAGAAAUAAUGCAAAAGAAAUUAGUCGUCUUUUUAUGGAUCGACCAAUGAGUCCAAGAGACACGGCUGUUUAUUGGAUCGAGUAUGCAGCAAGACAUGGUAAUCGUUUAAAAUCACCAGCAGUAAAAUUAACCUGGUGGCAAUUUUAUUUAUUGGAUGUGUAUGCCUGUAUCUUGGCAACUGUUAUUAUCAUAAUAUAUAUUUCAAAAAAAUUACUAUGCUUUGGAUUUAGAAUUUGUUUUUCUAAAAACAAAGAUGAUUCUAAAAAAUCCAUAGUUACUAAAAAAAAUAAAUAA